AUUUACAAAACAUCAGUGCAAAGGGUCGCAACAGAAACCUCGCUCGACGACGAUACGAGUCGGUUUCAUCGUAUAAAUUCAAGAGGCGUCACAUGUAGAUUGGGUUGCUCACGUGACUCCGGUUUGAUGGGCCAAUAGCGUGGCAGAGUUUUUUAUUUUUUUUUCUGAUCAGAGCUAAAGGAAAAGAGGUGGGUGGGAGGAGGGGGGAGAAAUCAUUUUCCCUUUGCGAUUUUUUAAUCCUCCAACGGCGAAAGCGGUCGUCAGCUACUGUAUCCUGCCCUGCAAAAAGCUGACCGGUUAGCUGAUUCCACCACCACCUCCUCUCUCACGUCACCACGCCCCUUCCUUUCACUUCCAAUCCCGACAUGGAACCCAUCAAGGUGCAAUCAGAAGGCGGUCUAAAUGUGACUCUCACCAUCAGGCUGCUGAUGCAUGGAAAGGAGGUGGGAAGCAUAAUCGGAAAGAAAGGAGAGACUGUGAAGAAAAUGCGCGAAGAUAGUGGUGCCCGCAUCAACAUCUCGGAGGGGAAUUGUCCUGAGCGGAUAGUGACAAUCACCGGGCCGACAGACGCCAUUUUCAAGGCCUUUGCCAUGAUUGCCUACAAGUUUGAAGAGGAUAUAAUCAAUUCAAUGAGCAACAGUCCGGCCACCAGUAAGCCACCAGUAACCCUGAGGCUCGUUGUUCCUGCCAGCCAGUGUGGCUCCCUUAUCGGGAAAGGCGGUUCCAAAAUUAAAGAAAUGAGAGAGUCCACAGGAGCUCAGGUGCAGGUUGCAGGCGACAUGCUGCCCAACUCCACCGAGAGAGCAGUGACCAUCUCCGGAGCGCCGGAAGCCAUCAUCCAGUGUGUCAAACAGAUAUGUGUGGUGAUGCUGGAGUCCCCACCGAAAGGUGCCACCAUCCCUUACCGCCCAAAGCCUGCCUCCACCCCUGUCAUUUUUUCAGGUGGCCAGGUAAGAGCAGACCCACUGGGGGCGUCCACAGCCAACCUCAGCCUCUUACUGCAGCACCAGCCACUGCCUGCUUACACCAUCCAAGGACAGUAUGCCAUCCCUCAUCCAGAUCAGUUGAGCAAGCUCCACCAGUUGGCUAUGCAGCAAACCCCCUUUACCCCCCUCGGACAGACCACCCCUGCCUUCCCCGCAGCAGGUCUGGAUGCCAGUAACCAGGCCAGUACUCAUGAACUCACCAUUCCCAAUGAUCUAAUAGGCUGCAUAAUCGGACGCCAGGGAACCAAAAUCAACGAGAUCCGUCAGAUGUCUGGGGCGCAGAUCAAAAUUGCUAACGCCAUGGAAGGGUCAUCGGAGCGCCAGAUCACCAUCACAGGGACCCCCGCCAACAUCAGCCUGGCUCAGUACCUCAUUAAUGCAAGGUUUAGAGACGUUGCGGCCAUGUGGAAUGACCCAUCAUCCAUGACCACAUCCUGAGAUCCCUGACUGGCUCCUCCGUUUGGCCCUUUCCAACGACCGACUACUGCAGACAACCCCGAUGAAGCCCCCAGGUCUCUGUCUCUGGCUCUCCGAAAAUCCUGACCACCUCACCAUCCUGUAUGACCCAACAUCAGGGAGGGUUCGGUGUUCGCUUUUAUUUCAGAGAGCUAAAUUAAGUCAAAUAAGAAAAAAAAAAAGUAAACACACGAAAAAAUACUCUCUGUUGAUUAGUUUUUUUUUUUUAGAGAACUGUUAAAGCAUGUUGAAUGUUUAUUAGGCUAAAUCUUGUGUUUAUUUCUCUUCUUUUUCUUUUCAUCUAUUGCUUUUUCUAAAUAUAUGUCAGUGCACAAAACAAAAAAUAUUAUUAGCAAAAGACUGAACUUUUUUUGUAGAACUUAGGUAUUUGUAUAUUACAAAGCAGCUGCUCAGUGAUGCUAUCGGCAGAGUGUGUGGUGGGAUGUAGCCAAAUGAUUCAUCAUGAAUUAUAUUUUCAAAAAAAUAAUAAAAAAAUAGGACCAUUCCUCGUCUAAUCUCUGCCCGAGACGCUUUGCUGCACCACAUGACCCUUUAAAGCCAAUGGUAUCACUCCUCUAGCCUCCCUUCUGGUAUUAAUUUCCCCUAUUUAUGAUAUUGCAUGUGUUCAGUGUUGUUUCGUUGCGUAUUUGAGUGAAAAAAAAGAAACCUGCUCCAUGAUUACUCUUUUUCAGAUGUUACUCUUAUAUCUUUGUGCUCCUGUUUCUUUUCCACGAUCUUUUUCAGCAAUCUUGGCCGUUCACGUCCAGUCCUACUCCCUGUCCAGACAGAAAUUUUUUCCAACAUAGCCUCCUUUGAAAACCAAUUAAUAGUAUAUACUGUAGAUGCAUGGAUGGGAAUUAGUGAAAAUCAGUGACUUAAACACUGAUGGAAAAUUUUAAUGAUUGUUAAUUAACUUAUAAUUAUUAUGUAUUUUUUUUGUACAAGGACUAAUGUGACUUAACACAUUAGUCGACUACGCGGCGCUCAUGCAAUAGACUAUUCAACACUUUAUUCUGGACUGCCUCCGAUAUGUGAGGAUUAGUUGGACUUCAAAGUCAGGCGUCCGUCUAAACUUUUCGGCUUUUUUGAACAAAUACAAAUAGGCCUAAAUGUUUUGGACAAGCCUAACGGUAGUUUCGGGGCCAAAGAAUGUUCAGGGGUUCAAUGGAGGGGAACCCACAGGGCCUGGGCGGACGUGACCUCUCAGUCUCUAUUCUCACGAUUGUUCAUCUCGCCAUGUUUUGUCAUCUUCAUGCGGUUGAUUUGUCGCUUUAAUUUUUGAAUGUCUUUUCAUUGUCACAACCAUGUCAGCAACUUAUGGAUUUUUUUUUAAGGACAAGUUGGAUGACAAUUCCUGUUUUGCUGUUUAUUUUUUUGUAAAGCCAGGAUGUAUUUAUCUAUGGUGUUGUAAUGCAAAUAUUUUUUGUUCUCUGAUGAUGAUACUAAGUUGUUUUUACUCUGUUGUACCUAAUAUGAGUAGGGGGUGUGGGUCAUAUUUGGUAAACUAGGUAAUUCAACUGUCAAUCGAAUAUACUACCUGCUAAAGAUGGUCUAUAGAUAUUGAACAUCAUUGAUCAUAAACUUUUUGACCGCCUGCUAAGCUCAGUUCAAUUGUGAACAAUUCUUGAAUGUUAUUGUUGAAUUACAUUAACUAUGAUCCAACAUAAAAACAUUUUGCAUUUACAGUAAACGUAUUCCUACCAUUUUUUGGAAAGACCCACUUGGUAUCUUUCAGAUAUUACUAUCUAGUUUUAUUUCACUAAAAAUCACUGGAAAUGUACAAAUUCAUAUCUUACAGGCUGAAUUUCCUCUCUUUUUAUUUUGGCUAUCUAAUAUUAGCCCUCACGAUAACAACACUUAAAACCAGAAAAUGUAACUGUAUAUUUUACAAGCCAUUAAAUUUUCAUCAAGAUUUUCUGUUAAGUAAUCAAGAAUCAAACUAAGUAUCAAUAACUUUCUCAAGUAACAUUUAUGCGUAAAGAAUAUGCCACUAUUUCUAGCUGCUUAAAAAAAGUAGAUGUGGCCUAUUUAUUGCCAAAAACUUAGAUUUAAAUCCAGGGAAAGGUCUAUCUUAAUAUUGUUGUUAAAUAUUCUAAUGUUCUUCUAAAAAAGCUAACCUAAAGCAAAUCUAAAGCAAACUUGCAGUGCUUGCUAGGAAUAUGUCUCUUUUGGUUAGCCGUAGCUAAGCUAAAGCCAGAAAGCUCUGUAUUUAAGCCCUGAAUUUAGGUUUUUAUGUUUUAAAUUUUUUCUCUUUUGGGGAAUAUUCUAAACUAUCUAAGCAUGACAUUAAAUGUUAAUAAAUCUCUAAAGUAAAAGGAAUGCUUACAAGUUAGCAUUAGCAGUAGCUAAACUAAGUUAGCAGGCAGCUAAAAGUAAUGUUCAGAUCUAAACAAGAUUAUUGACCAAACUUUCCUUUAUAAUUACAAAAUGUGAUUAUGUAAAUCGACCAAAAGCUGUUUCAAUAUUCUUAAAGACACUAAGUCAAUGAUUAUUCUGCAAUAAUUUAUAAUUUUUUUUAUGUAUAAUCAAAUAGUCGUGGUAGCCUUGAAUGGAUUUGUGUUUCUCUUCAUUUUUUCUUGUAAUUGCUUGUAUUUUAGUGAGAUUGUUUAUCAAAUUGAAAACAAAAAAAAGAACAAGAAGAAAUCAUGUUUUUAGGACAGUUUGCUAGUACCAGACAGUGCAGCUUCUGCUGUAUCUGUAAAGUGUAAUGGGACAGAAUACCAUAGAGGCUAAUGUGGCUUUUAUACAGCAAUUUUAAGUGCAUGUGUAUGAUCGAAAUAUUUGCUUUAAUGAUAAUUACUAACUAGCUGUCUCUAGCACAGCUGAGUGUGCAUUACAAAAUUGAUUUUGUUGUAUAUUUUAGAACUGAUUGCAAAGCAGGUCUAUUAAGUUGUAAGUUAUGGCAGUGUGAGUUCAAGAACAUCAAUAGUAAUGUGUUACUCAGUGUUUAAAAACUGUAUUUACAUUUGUGUAUAUGCCUGAGUAUGCGACGUUGAAACAAACUGCAACUAAUGCAAUAAUAGGGUGCAAUGUGCAAUUAUUUAAACAGUUAUUUACUUAUUAGCUUGGUAGUUACAUGAAAAGUUGUGUAGCCUGUUGAAAAUGUUUUUAUUUGAUCAAUGUUCAGAAUGGCAGCAACCGCUGGAAAAAAGGAAUGGUCACAGUUUUUCAUUAGUUUUGUUUAUGUGUAUUGCAGUUAUUUUUGGAGGGGGUUAUGGAACUUUGUAACUAUUUUCAGUUGAUUUAUUUACUAUGUGCAGAUCUAUAUUAGUUGUAAGUAAUUACAUAGGUUUUAUUUUAAAGUGUUGGUAAAUAUACAAAACAAAUAAAGUUUCUUUUUUUUCCUU